GUCUGCCACCUCCAAACGACAUUUAAAGCUUUAUAUGUAAAUUGUGUGAUAUGUAAUAUGUGCUUGGCUGCAAAGGAACCCUCCGAACCCAUAAACCAAAGAUGGAGAGCACCGACUCGUCAACGGGCUCACAACAGCAGCAGCUGCAGCCGCCACAGCCACCACCUCCUCCGCUGCCAAACCUCCCACCUGGGUUCCGCUUCCACCCGACAGAUGAAGAGCUAGUUGUCCACUAUCUCAAGAAAAAGGCCACCUCCGCUCCCCUUCCGGUUUCCAUCAUCGCUGACGUCGACCUUUACAAGUUCGACCCCUGGGAGCUCCCAGCUAAGGCUACGUUUGGAGAGCAAGAGUGGUAUUUUUUCAGUCCUAGGGACCGGAAAUACCCGAACGGAGCGAGACCAAAUAGGGCGGCGACUUCCGGGUAUUGGAAGGCGACGGGGACUGAUAAGCCGGUGCUGACUUCCGGCGGUAUUCAGAAAGUUGGUGUGAAAAAAGCACUUGUGUUCUAUGGAGGAAAACCCCCGAAAGGAAUUAAAACCAAUUGGAUUAUGCACGAGUACAGGCUUGCUGAUAACAAGCCCAACAACAAACCACCAGGGUGUGACUUGGGCAACAAGAAGAACUCCUUGAGGCUUGAUGAUUGGGUGCUGUGUAGAAUUUACAAGAAGAACAACACACAUAGGCCGAUGGAUCAUGAGAGGGAGGAUUCCAUGGAGGACAUCUUGGGACCGUUGAUGCCACCAUCUAUAAGUCAUGUGGGCCACCAUCAGAAUAUGAAGCUGCACCUUCCAAAGUCUAAUUUGAGUUAUGGGCCGCCUUUCAUGGAAAAUAACCAAAUUUUUUUUGACGGGAUGAUGAGCAGCACCGACGGAUCGGCUUCUACUCAUCAGCUGCCACAAAAACGGCCAAUAGUUCCAUCCCUGUACUGGAAUAAUCAGGAGGAGGAUGACCAGACGGCUGCUGAUCCUUCAUCAAGCAAGAGAAUACAACUACACCAAUUGGACACUGGUACUAAUUCUAAUGGUGAUGGGAUUAAUGGCGGUGCUACUAAUAACAAUUCUACUUCUAUUGCCAAUCUACUUUCCCAGCUUCCUCAGACUCCACCAUUGCACCAACAUGCAGUAUUGGGGUCACUUGGCGACGGUCUAUUCCGGACGCCGUAUCAACUGCCUGGGAGGAAUUGGUAUUCUGACUCCAAUUUGGGAUAGAGGGUUGAUGAAUUUGAUGAUUAUGGCACGUAUUGAGAUCGAUGGAUCGAUUGGCAAAGGUUUGAAGAAGAUUACGAUGAUCAUGUUAGAUAUAUUUAUGCUCUUGUUAAUUAGGGGAUCAUAAAUAGGGUAUAAAUUGUUUGUAUAGAUUUUGGAUACUUAGGGGAGAUUGAGAUUUUGUUUCUUAGGAAAUUAAUCAAACGGUCCAGAUAAUGAUGAAGAGUGGCAUCAGCAAAUUCCUUUGACAAAAAGGUAGCUGCUAUAAAUUCAGGUGAGGUGUGUUCUGCUGAUAGAAAUAUAAAUCUAUAUUUAUUUUUGCUCCCUUUAUUUUUUUCAUAUGUAGAGACGAUGAGAGAAAAGGAGGAUGAGGUGCUUGCUUUUGUUGUAGAAAAAAAAAAGAUUAGAUAUGUUAUAUUUUUCUGUAGAAUACAUUAAUAUACACUUGUAUAUUAAACCUUAUUGUAGAA